AGAGAGAGAGAGAAGGGGGGCGGUGAAAGUGUCAAAAGAAGAGACAGAGAGAGAUGAUAACUCAAAAUCAUUGAGAGUUUUUCUUCUUCUCUUCUUCUUUGUAUGUUGUGUGUGGAGAUCACAAUCAAUCAAUCUCUUCUUCUUUUGUCUUUCUCCACCACAUAAAGAUAUAACUGGUGAAUAAUUUAUAAAACCCUAACUUUGGUCCUCAACUCCCUUUUUGGAUUCCUCCUCAUCUGCUGGUCUUCAUCAAGCAAAGCAAUGGCGUCCGGAAGCGGAGGAGAGGCGGGGAAAUCGAUGGAAAUCGGAUCGGACGCCACCAAAUUAGGAGGGGUGGGGAGCAGGAGCGCUGGAGGAGGAGGAGGAGGUCAAUACGUGAGGGCGGAUACUCUAGAUUUCAAAAAAUGGGAUUUGAAUAUGGGUGCUCAACCCUCCUCCUCCUCUGCUGCCGUGAAGUCAAGGAAGAGUCCGAUGCAGGAAUGGGAGAUCGACCUCUCCAAACUCGAUAUGAAUCACGUCCUCGCUCGCGGCACUUACGGCACUGUCUACCGCGGUGUCUACGCCGGUCAACAAGUCGCUGUGAAGGUGUUAGAUUGGGGAGAAGAUGGUGUCUCAACAGCAGAUGAUCUCCGCAUUUCCUUCGAACAAGAAGUCGCCGUCUGGCAGAAGCUCGAUCAUCCCAACGUUACCAAGUUUAUAGGAGCAUCCAUGGGAACCUCUGAUCUCAAGAUCCCUUCUUCUAGUGAUUCUCUUGGUCAUGCCAACUCUGCACACCCUGCCAAGGCCUGUUGUGUUGUCGUUGAGUAUGUUGCUGGUGGCACCCUCAAAAAGUUCCUCAUCAAGAAGUAUCGCACCAAACUCCCCAUCAAGGAUGUCAUUCAGCUCGCUUUGGAUCUCGCUAGAGGGCUGAGUUACCUCCACUCCAAGGUGAUUGUACAUCGGGACGUCAAGUCAGAGAACAUGUUACUGGAGCCUAACAAGACGCUCAAGAUUGCUGAUUUCGGAGUCGCUAGAGUCGAGGCUCAGAACCCUCAAGACAUGACCGGUGAAACUGGAACUCUCGGAUACAUGGCACCUGAGGUUCUUGAAGGAAAGGCUUACAACAGGAAAUGCGAUGUGUAUAGCUUUGGUGUAUGCCUCUGGGAAAUAUACUGCUGCGACAUGCCCUACGCUGACUGUAGUUUUGCUGAGAUCUCUCAUGCCGUUGUUCAUAAGAAUCUGAGACCAGAGAUUCCGAAAUGCUGCCCACAGUCGGUGGCAAACAUAAUGAGGAGAUGCUGGGACCCGAAUCCAGACAAGCGACCGGAGAUGGAGGAGGUAGUGAAGCUGCUUGAAGCGGUAAACACAAGCAAAGGCGGGGGAAUGAUACCACCGGACAAGUUUCAGGGGUGCCUCUGUUUCUUCAAACCUCGUGGCCCCUGAUCUCUCUCUCUCUCAUUCCCUUGGCUCUGAAUAUUCUUGAGAGCUGCGUGAUUAUUAUUUUUUUCCGAAUUUUUGUUGAGACAUUGGAGUUGGAUUGGUGUGGUCUUUGUCAUAAACAAUCCAUCUCUCUCUAUAUAUGUAUUUAUACUACUACUAGUACACAGUCCUGUUGUGUAUAAAAACUGAUGAUAAAAGCUUUCUUUCUUUCUUUCUA